AUGGGUGCACUCCUUGGGUGCACUCCCUGGGUGCACUCCUUGGGUGUACUCCCUGGGUGCACUCCGUGGGUGCACUCCCUGGGUGCACGACCCCAUGCUAUCGUGCUCUCUGCUUCCAUGGCCGCAUAUCAGGUGGAAGAAGCAGAGGGUGCCAUAACACCUGGGAGGAGCACCGGUGAGCCACAUUGCCCCCUCCUUGCACCACCUUCAACCCCAUGCCUGCUGCACCACCGGUCGCAUUGCUCUACUUGCAUCCGUCCUGCAUGCAUGUGCUGUGGGGCGGCCUCUGUUGGGAGGGCGAUCUCAUCCUGCCAGCAGCUGGCGUCCACUGUGGCUCCGCGCCUGCAGGCCGCCGUGGCCCUCUCGCACUCCCACGCCCUCGCACUACACUCCUCCGUGCUCGCCUCCCUCUCUGGGGGGAAGGGGGAGAGAGGCACAAGGAUGGGGGGAGUGGGUGGAGGCAGGGCGGGGUGGGGCGAGGAGGAGGAGGGGAUGGAGGAGAGGGAGCGAGCGCUGAUGACUGGCAUCGCGUCCCUACAGGGCGAGGUGUGUACGAGGGAGGAGGGAGUGGGUCUGCCAACAGUGACUGCAGGGCUGCGGGAGCAGCAGCAGCGGCUGGGGGAGUUUGAGGCGCAUGUGGGGGGUCCGGUGUGGGGAGGGGAGGUGCUGGUGUGUGUCAGGUGUCAGCAGCCCAUUGAUCUGUUGCAUGCGGUCUUUGCGGGGUUGAGCAGCCACACCCCGCCUCCAUCCCACCAUAUUGCAGCUGCCCCGAGCGCCUUCGCGUUCACAACAGCCUUCCAACACACUCCCAGCGAGCCACAAUGCAAGUUCACGGCACGCUGGCUAGAAGUGCGCCCCUGUGGCUCCACCACAGCCUCUCUUCCCCCCACGGGCCCUCCUCUUCCCUACAGGCAGCUGCCUCAACAACCUAGGGCUGUUGCUCAAGUUAAUAUCCCAGCUGCGUCUCCAGCGGCAGCUAAAGGCAGCUACAGGCGUUGCACAGCAGUUUUUGCAAGCAGCAGCCUUUCAUUUCAUCUCCAGUGCUACCUCGUCCGCCAUGGCUGCCCUCGCUCAACCCGCCGCGCUGCAAACUCGCUGGCCGCAGCCUCUUCUAGGAGGUCGACGCCUAUUGGCACGGCAGCGCCCAAGGGGCUGUUCCCGCCGGAGCCGGAGAAGUACACGGGGCCGAAGCUCAAGGUGGCCAUCGUGGGCGCGGGGCUGGCCGGCAUGUCCACCGCCGCCGAGCUGCUCGACCAGGGCCACGAGAGUGGGGCGGUGGACAACCUGCUGCGCAAGGAGCACACACACGUCUUCAUCAACAAGGGCGGUGUCACUGGCGCCGUGCAUCCUCCCCCACCCCCAUGCGCGGUGCAGCCGGUGGACAAGGCGUUCAACGCGCUGGCGCUGGCGACGAGCCCUGUGGUGCGCGCACUGGUGGACCCCGAGGGCGCCUUCCAGGACAUCCGCGACCUCGACAAGGCACGCCCCGCCCCUCCCCUCCCCUCCCCUCCCUCCCAACACGUGAGUUUCAGCGAGUGGUUCACGUCGCACGGCGGCACGAGGGAGAGCAUCAAGCGCAUGUGGGACCCGGUGGCGUACGCGCUGGGGUUCAUAGACUGCGACAACAUCAGCGCGCGCUGCAUGCUCACCAUCUUCGCCUUCUUCGCCACCAAGACCGAAGCCUCCGUGCUGCGCAUGCUCUGCGGCUCGCCCGACCGCUUCCUUGCUGGGCCCAUCGCCAAAUACAUCACCGACCGUGGCGGCAGGUUCCACGUGCGGCAGCCAUGCCAGGAGGUGCUCUACUCCACCGCCGCUCAUGGCUCCACCGUUGUCACUGGCCUGCGCAUGAAGCAGGCGGGAGACAAGGAACAAAUUGUGACUGCAGAUGCAUAUGUUGCUGCGUUGGACGUGCCCGGGGCGAAGAGGCUGGUACCGGGGGAGUGGAGGGAGCGGUGGGCGCAGUUCAGGGACAUCUACGAGCUGGUGGGCGUGCCCGUCAUCACCGUGCAGCUGCGCUACGAUGGCUGGGUCACCGAGAUGAAUGACAUUGAACUCUCUAGGCAGCUGGCGCGGGCGGCAGGGCUGGACAAUCUGCUCUAUUCGCCGGAUGCGGACUUCUCAUGCUUCGCUGACCUGGCGCUCACGAGCCCCGACGACUACUACAAGGAGGGCCAGGGCUCGCUCAUGCAGUCAGUGCCCCGCCCCGCGUUCACCCCCUCCCCGCCCACACCUGCCUUGCCCAUCGCCACCAUGCGUCCUUUGCUUGUUGUGCUGGCCAUGCUGAGCAACUCAUUUGGGCACUGCUUCAUCUCGGUGGUGAUCACACCAGCCGACCCCUACAUGCCCAUGACCAACGAGGCCAUCGUCGCCAAGAUGAAUGAACAGGUGAUGGAGCUGUUCCCAUCAGCGCGCGGGCUGACACUGCUGUGGCACUCGGUGGUGAAGAUCAACCAGUCGCUGUACCGCGAGGCUCCCGGCCUCGACCAGUUCCGCCCCGACCAAAAGACCCCCGUCCCCAACUUCUUCCUCGCCGGCUCCUACACCAAGCAGGUACGCCCCCUGUCCCCCCGCUCCCCCCUCUGUGUCCCAUUCCAUUCCUGGCUCCACCCGCUCAUCAGGUCGCUUUACCAUCCUCAUUUCUGUAAUCCACCAGAUCCCCUUCACAUCCACCUGUCACAUCCUCCUCUAACAUCCCCCUCUCACAUCCCCCUCGCAUCAUCCUCUCACAACCACCUCCCUCCACCCUCCUUCCAUUCUUCCCCCUGGCAGGACUACAUAGACAGCAUGGAGGGCGCCACACUGUCAGGCAGGAAGGCGGCAGCGCGAAUCUGUGAGGCAGGAGAGGCCAUCAGCACACUCGCCUCCCAGCAAAGAGCAGCCGCCCCCGCUGCUGCCGUCUGA